GUCGACACUUGAAUCGCAACGCAACCGGCUGCAACGGAUUCUUAGAACCUCUGUCAUGGCUUAGGCCUGCCUUUUCCAUGUCCUUCCCUCUUUCCACCCCAUAUUCUGACAUUGGCACUUAUCGCGACUCUUCCAUCUCCUCCCUUGGCCAUACAGAGACGUAUCCACCACCAGCGUGAUUCUCGACGGCCUCUAUCCGUGGCAGCGCCAUCAUCAUCGCCAUCGAAUUUGAAAUACUAUCAGGUUGCCACCUUGUACACCCCUUACAUAGUGACUCCCUCGCUGCCAAUUUAUCUGCCUCCCAGAUCCCAGACACACGCUCAUUCGCCCCUUCCUCAUGGCUACAAGAACCGAAUUCGGCCUGCAGCCGAAGAAGAGAGUAACCACAUACGGGAAAGGUUCAAGAAGGAACACUCAAUCAAGCGGCUUCGAGACAUUCAGAAACGACAAAUCCUCUUCCUCUGCGAACAGCCUUCAGAACCCUUCGGCUCAGAGCUCCGCCGCCGCAGUCCCAGCGCAUCCCAAGCCGUCCAAGAAAUCAGAACACCUCGACCACGUAUAUGGCUUUAAGGUCCACCCAGAACCUGGACGGGAGUGUCGGAACAUCCCGGCCGCCUCUUCGUGGGAUGUUCCACAGAAGGAUGAGGACACGACUCGAGCAAAAAAGAGGAAGUUGGGCGGAACAUCAUCGUCCACAACACGCAAGCUGGACUCCUCCGCCUACUCGCCACCCAGCUCCCCACGAAGCUCCCCAUCAUUAGUACAACCGCAAGAGAAGGACACAGGCUUAGGCGCCUCAAGGCACCUUGGUCGACUCAAGGCUGGCAGCCGUGCAGCCCAGGGUAACAACACCUUACCAAAGGAUGCAGCGCAGGCUCCAUUGUCCCAGUCGCCCGAAGCAUUGGUUGACCGGAAUGUCGUUGGCAGCGAUUAUACCCAACACGCCCAACAGCCCAUACCAUUCCGGCUUACUAAGGAUGGUCAAGCUCAGCCAGCACGUCCAGCAAAGAUGGGUCUGGCAAAGACAGGUCUAGCAGAAACAGGCCCUACAUCGAAAGCCGGCACAUCGAAGCAGGCAGAGCCAGCAGUACCAACCCGACGGAAGAAGCGGCUGAUAGAUGCUUUGGUUGCUCAGGUCGAGGAGAACUUUGAGGAGGAGCCGUCAUCGCAAGACGUGGAGAUGACCUCCGUUUCUAGCCCACCUGCCCCAAUACUUCCCUCAAGUCCCGGCCCGUCCUUGCCAGAUCAGCCCAAACCGAGGACUCUCACUCGGCAGCUCGCUAUGCCCAAGAAGCCGGGUCCUAAAUUCACAUAUAGCCAGCAAAGGACCAUGCUUGCGGAAGAACCGCUGUUCGACCCGGCUAGCCUGAGCAGCAUUGAGGAUCAGCCAGAGAAAGCGCCCUUCCCGGGGCUCGGAGCCAUGAUCAAAACCUCUACCUUAAGCUCUCUCUCCUUUAUUGACGAGGAAGAUGACACGGCUAAUUCUGGAGCGGUCCGGAGUCUCCAUGAGCUGAGACAAGCUGGCGCGAACAGCCGUUUCUCGGACGAGAUGGACGACAUUCUCGAUCGCAUUGGCUCCCCAACCCCGAAACCAUCAUCCCUGAGGAGAGGCGCUCUGCUCGAAUUAGCCGAGAAGAUGAAGGACAAGAGUUUCCGCCGCCAGUUCCGCAACCACAGUCGCGAUGGAGCCCUUUUCACGAAGCUGGGCCAGGAGACCGAUAUUAUCGCUGGAUUCGCUAUUCUCUCUAUAGUCACGACGCUCUUAUCCACGUCCACUUCGCCACAUGUCAUUCAGAAACUCCAGACCCAGGGAAUAGCCCAGCUCCUAUCGCUGUUUUUGGCGUUGACCUCGGACAUUUCCGCUAUCGCAAAGGAGAGAAAGCGCAAUGUCUCGAAAAAUGGGCAGUCGACAUUAUCCGCCAUAAAAGCUACCAUCCUUCAGCUUCCCAUAUGGGAGCCGAUGUCCCCAACCACACUCUCGCCGAGGACCUUGGCUUUGAAAGCUAUGGAUCUAAUCCUGCGGCAGUCCACAGACCUAGAGAGCGAGGCGGCCGUCUUCUCUCCUGAUGUAACCGACUGUCUAUUCUCCAUUUUAUCUGAUUUCGCGAAUCCCGCAUGCUGGGAACUCCCGUCUCGGCCGGAAUCUGUCGAUUUCUAUCUUGCAUUGUACCUUCUUGAGACGCAUUCAGUCAGCGCCAUGCAGUCUCAACUGUGGUCCAGGUGGACAAGCCGAUACUUGCCCAUUGUGGGUGACGUGCUUGAGACGGCCCUCCGGCGCCCAGCGGACAAGAUGGACGACCUGGAAAGCUUGGCCUUGAGACUCACUCUUAAUACGACUAACAACAAUACGGAGGCCCCUGGGAUGUUUGUCAAGAGGGGGAUUCUUCGAGAUUUGGCUGAGGCUGCCUGCAAAACGUUUGAUGUUGUCUUGAAAUCCAUCACGGACGAUUCCUUCAUGUCAAAAGUCCUGGAGUCUCUAAUCUUCAUGCUCGGAGUGAAGAUCAACUUCUGCGAACACUAUACCCCAGCAGCACAGAGUCUCUAUGAGAUGGAAGAUGACACUUCCUCUCCCCUGAAUCGGCUCAUUCGAGUGUUCCUCGACUAUCACUCGACCACUUCUGAUGCCGAUUCUAUGGAGAAGACGCAGCUAAAUGUUGCUUUCGGCUAUCUCUCGACCCUCCUGGGGUAUCUCUGCCUGUACCCCCCGAUCCGGGACAGGUUUGUCUCAAUCCACUCGAAAGGCAGCCUCGAACCGUUGCUCGACUCUCUCAGAGAGUUUAUCCUAUUUCACAAAGUUGCCGCCUAUGGCAUGGAAGGAGAUGCCGGCUCCAACCCUCAGGCCAAUGCGGCAGACCGACUACAGGUGCUUGUUGAUCGACUAGAGUCUGGAUCCUAAGGGGCGUACAAACAAAGACGUGAUGAUGGGGCAAAGAUAUCACGAUAUUCCGAAUCACGCACGGCAUCUUCUUGUGGAGUUAAACUAGGUGGAAUGGCAGGCCUACACCAGGAGGGGUCUAAGGCAAGGGGUGCCCUUUGGUGGAAUUUUUUUUCCCUUAACUUACGUGGGAUUAUUCCGGAAUACCUGAUGAUAAUAGAGACCGGGACGCAUCCUGCCAUGGCAAUGGCUUGGGAAGGAUAUACCACUAUGGAUAAUGAGGGUUUGUGUAGGUAUUUGCUACGAUAUUGUCCUCCUUUAACAAGGAGAGGGAGACUUGGUAGGUUCAACAAACCAUCCUCAGGGCAAUCAACGGAAGCAUAUCUUCUCACCAC